GAAGCAUGGCAGCCACACCAGGAAACAAACUUGGCAAAAUUGCAAUCGUUGGCAGUGGCCUUAUUGGACAGAACUGGUCCAUGAUAUUCGCUGGCGCAGGUUAUAAUGUGACUGUGUUCGAUGUUGAUCCUGACCAACUUACACGUGCACAAACAAGCUUAAAAAAUACGAUGGAACAGUAUGAACGGGAUGGUUACCUGCGAGGAAAAUUGACAGCUGCUCAGCAGAUGUCUUUAGUUUCUACAAGUAGUUCAUUAUCUGAAUGUCUGAAAGAUUCAUUUUAUGUUCAGGAAUGUGUACCGGAGAAUCUUGAGCUGAAGAAGAAGGUGUUUGCAGAGAUGGAUGCAGUUGCGAGUGAGGACAUGAUCUUGGCUAGUUCCAGCAGCUGUUUGUGUGCAUCCAUGUUUACAGAUGGUCUUUCUCACAAGUCCAACAUGUUAGUGGCACACCCAAUAAACCCACCAUACUUCAUUCCAUUGGUGGAAUUAGUGCCAGCUCCCUGGACCAAUCAGGAUGUUGUUACCAAGGUGCGUGCACUGAUGGAGGAGGUCGGCCAAUCACCAAUAACAUUACGGAGGGAAAGUCUGGGUUUUGCCCUCAACAGAAUACAAUACGCUGCUAUCAACGAAAGUUGGAAUAUGUAUCAGUCUGGACUCCUAAGUGCCGAGGAUAUUGACCGAGUAUGUCACAAUGGACUGGGUCUUCGAUAUGCUUUCAUUGGACCCUUGGAGACCAUGCACCUCAAUGCAAAUGGGAUAACAGAUUACUGUGAUCGAUAUGCUGAGGGAGCGUACAAUGUACAGAAAGAAACAUUUAAACCAGUACCGGUGAUGUAUGACGUGGCAACAGCGCAGAAAGUCCAGGAGGAAUUCAACCAGACCAUCCCAUUGGACAAGCUAGCAGAGAGACGGAGUUGGAGAGACAAACGACUGGCCGAACUAUCAAAGCUCAAGAAGACUUUAGAUGGAGAAAAAUGAUUGAUGGAAAUGAAUGCUUUAAUAAUAACGGACGACUGAAUGAUUGUGUCAAUGAGAGUUUUAUGAAUGGUGUUGGAAUAGUAUAGUAUAUACAAUGAAUGUCAUAUUCAGAAUGAUGAUUAAGUGUUAAUUGCAUGUGAAUGAUUGACUACAUGGUAUAAUCUGAAUGUAAAGGUCAGAGAAUAAAUGUUGAUCUUUUUUUCUAUGUAAAAAUCAGAGAGCAUCCAAAUGAAUUGUAAUGAUUACUUGGCAAUAUUUAAAGACUAGAGAGUAACCAAACAAAUUAAAGAAACAAGAUGAUCUCCGACUGAUUGUUAAAUAGUGGCUGAUGGUUUACAGGGUAUGUGAAAAUGUAGGUAAAGUACUGUCUCAUUUCAACCUACAGAACUAAAUCUCUUUAAUAUGCUAUUGCCAGACUUUUCAUUCUUUUAUUUUUUUUUUUCUUUUUCACAUUUAAAACAUUUAAUGCCUGUUUGUUCAAAUUUAAAAGACACAAAAUCUUGUUCUCAUGCUGUGAAUGAACAAAAAUCGAACUGAAAUAUUUUUUGAUACUUUGAAAUAAAAGUAAAUUGCUUUCAAUCUGAUCAAGUGGAGAAAUUAGAUGGUGCUUGGCCCUCCUGUAAUAGGUCAGCUAGAACUUGUCAGAAUACGAGUAAUUCCAAGAGGCAGUGGAUGUUCAGUGAUGAAUGAUUAUAUGGUAAUCUUUUAAAAUUGUGUAUGUUAAGUUAGUCAGUAUUUUGAUACUCCAUGAAUGUUAUUCAAGAGACAAUACACAAAGUAAAAAUGAAAAAGUUUUUAAUGAUGUUACAAUUAUGAAUAAAUGUUACUGAUAUUAUGAAUUGAUUAAUUUAUUGAUUAUAAUUACAUAUUGUAAUUA